CGCCGCCCUGGCGAGAGGAGCAGCCCCCGGCCUCCUCGCUGGCUCCUUGGGCCCCGCUCCCGGGGCAGGGGGCCCAGAAGCCUGACUGUGACGCCCGGCCGGGGUCGCCUCGGCUCCAGCCUGUUCCCCCGGCCGUUCUUGCGCAUCCUGGCCCGACCCUUCCCCGCUGGCCACCGGGUACCCCCAGGGAUCAGUCUGCACGUCUCCCCUCUAGUGUGGCUUUGUUCCUCUCCGACCUCGGCCUACGGUGCCCGCGACACCAUGAUCACCGCCAAGGAGAAGAAUAAAACCCCCAAGGACAGCAUGACGCUUCUGCCCUGUUUCUACUUCGUGGAGCUGCCCAUCGUGGCGUCCUCCAUCGUGUCGCUGUACUUCCUGGAGCUGACCGACCUCUUCAGGCCCGCGCAGGUGGGCUUCCAGUGCUACGACCGCGCGCUGUCCAUGCCCUACGUGGAGACCAGCGAGGAGCUCAUCCCCCUGCUCAUGCUGCUCAGCCUGGCCUUUGCAGCCCCAGCCGCCUCGAUCAUGGUCGGUGAGGGGCUGCUCUACUGCCUUCAGGCCCGGCUGUGGGGCCGCAGCGGGGCCGCUGGCGGGGCCGAGGGCAGCAUCAGCGCUGGCGGCUGCAACUUCAACUCCUUCUUGCGGCGCACUGUGCGGUUCGUGGGCGUCCACGUGUUUGGCCUGUGUGCCACAGCUCUGGUGACCGACAUCAUCCAGCUGGCCACUGGCUACCACGCACCCUUCUUCCUGACCGUCUGCAAGCCCAACUACACUCUGCUGGGCACGUCCUGCGAGGCCAACCCCUACAUCACGCAGGACAUCUGCUCUGGCCACGAUGCCCACGCCAUCCUGUCGGCACGGAAGACCUUCCCGUCCCAGCACGCCACGCUGUCUGCCUUUGCCGCCGUCUACGUGUCGAUGUACUUCAACUCCGUCAUCUCGGACGCCACGAAGCUGCUCAAGCCCGUGCUGGUGUUCGCCUUCGCCAUGGCCGCCGGCGUCUGUGGGCUCACCCAGAUCACCCAGCACCGCAGCCACGCGGUGGACGUCUACGCGGGCUUCCUCAUCGGGGCGGGCAUCGCUGCCUACCUGGCCUGCCACGCGGUGGGCAACUUCCAGGCCCCACCCGCAGAGAAACCCGCGGCUCCCCCACCCGCCAAGGACGCGUUGCGGGCCCUGACCCAGCGGGGCCACGACUCAGUUUACCAGCAGAAUAAGUCUGUGAGCACAGAUGAGCUGGGCCCACCAGGGCGUCUGGAGGGCGUGCCACGUCCUGUGGCCCGAGAGAAGACGUCCCUGGGCAGCCUGAAGAGGGCCAGCGUGGAUGUGGACCUGCUGGCCCCCCGCAGCCCCAUGGGCAAGGAGCACUUGGUGACCUUUAGCAACACGCUGCCCCGAGUCAGCACACCCUCGCUGGACGACCCUGCUCGCCGCCACAUGACCAUCCACGUGCCGCUGGAUGCCUCACGCUCCAAGCAGCUCAUCAGUGAGUGGAAGCAGAAGUCCCUGGAGGGCCGUGGCCUGGGGCUGCCCGACGAGGCCAGCCCUGCACACCUGCGGGCGCCCGCAGAGCCCAUGGCAGAGGAGGAGGAGGACGAGGAGGAGGAGGAGGACGAGGAGGAGGAGGAGGACGAGGAGGGGGAGGAGGAGGGCCCCAUCCCACCCUCACUCUACCCCACGGUGCAGGCGCGGCCAGGGCUGGGACCGCGGGUCCUGCUCCCGCCACGGUCGGGGCCUCAGCCGCUGGUGCACAUCCCCGAGGAGGGGGCGCAGGCAGGCGCGGGCCUGUCCCCCAAGAGCAGCGCCGCCGUGCGUGCCAAGUGGCUCAUGAUGGCCGAGAAGGGCGGGGCCCCGGUGGCCCCCGCGCAGCCCCGCGUGGCCAACCCCCCUCGGCUGCUGCAGGUCAUUGCCAUGUCCAAGGCCCCGGGCGGGCCGGGACCCAAGGCAGCAGAGACGGCCUCGUCCUCCAGUGCCAGCUCUGACUCCUCGCAGUACCGCUCGCCCUCAGACCGCGACUCGGCCAGCAUCGUCACCAUCGAUGCUCACGCACCCCACCACCCUGUGGUCCACCUGUCGGCGGGUAACGCGCCCUGGGAGUGGAAGGCAGCGGGCGGUGGGCCCCGGGGGACGGAGAGUGAGGCGGGGUACGAGCUGGGGGACCUGGCGCGUGGCUUCCGCGUGGGGUCCAAGCCACCAGGCAUGUCCCCGGGCUCAUCAGUCAGCGACGUGGACCAAGAGGAGCCGCGCUUUGGGGCCGUGGCCACUGUCAACCUGGCCACGGGAGAGGGGCUGCCCCCACAGGGCGCAGCGGACGGAGUGCUGGGGCCAGCCAGCCGCGAGUCCACACUGCGGCGGCAGGGCGGCCUGGUGCUGGGCGAGCGGGAGGCCGGUGAGGCGGAGGCUGAGAGCUACUUCCGGAGGAUGCAGGCCCGCAGGCUCCAGGACUGAGGCGCACCUCUCCGCGGCAGAGGCCACCUAAGGCCAGGAUGGGUGGGGGGCUGAGGGCUGGGGCAUCUUGACCACAUCAAUAAUAAAGAAGGCGAUGGCCGACUUCA